AAAUGUAUGGUUUUGGUUAGAGGCUAAGAAGAAAGAGAGUGGACCCAGAAGAAGUGUGACACGCAUGCAUUCUCUCUAUCUCCUAAUCCAUCACUUCUCCAAUCCAUAACACACUCGUCACACUCCCUCCCAACAUCUCAAUUCUCUACUACUAUCAUCAAUCAUUAUUCAUUUUUCAAUUUCAUUUCAAUAUUCCACAACCAUUAACACCAUUUUCCUCUUCAUUUUCAAUCUCUAAUAACCAUAAAAUGUGCUCUGCCACUGCCACAACACCCUUCAUUCGCCUCUGCAAACCCUUUCAUUCUAGGGUUCCUACUUCCUUUACCUUCAAUUCUACUCGACCUACCUUUUUUGUUAGGGCUACGGUGGUAAAAUGGCGAUGUCCAAAUCAAACUCUACCUCCCAACAGCCAUACUAGUUUCCAGAAAAAGGCCUUGUAUCUCGAAUCUAUUGGUAUCGACUCUUUCUCACUUAUUGAAAAUCAUCCAACGCUGAUCACUGCCUCACUAGAUGAUAUAAAAUCUACCGUGGAAUACAUUACCGCUAUGGAUUUCACCGCGAUCGAGUUUCGACGUAUGGUUGGCAUGUGCCCAGAGAUUCUUACCACCAAAGUCUCAGACAUUAUACCCGUCUUCAUGUUUCUUCACGAAGAAGUUCGUGUAAGUAGCUCAAAUAUCAAGCAUGUAAUAAACCGUCGUCCUCGGUUGAUUAUCUGCAACGUCGAUAACCAACUUCGUCCUACCAUGUAUUUCCUCCAAAGUAUCGGCAUAAAAGAUGUAAGCAAACACACCAAUUUACUAUCAUGUUGUGUCGAAGAAAGUUUUAUACCCCGAAUCGAAUACUUCGAAAACAUUGGAUUCUCUCAUCGCGACGCAACUCAAAUGUUUCAAACAUUUCCUCAGCUGUUUUGUUAUAGUAUUAAGAAUAAUUUGGAGCCAAAAUACAAUUACUUUGUGGUGGAGAUGGGGAGAGAUUUGAAAGAGGUGAAAAAAUUUCCACAAUAUUUCUCAUAUAGUUUAGAGAAUAGGAUUGAGCCUAGACAUAAAAGGUGUGUAGAAAUGGGCGUGUGUUUUCCACUUCCUUUGUUAUUAAAGACUAGUGAAGUGACAUUUCAGAGUAGAUUAGAAACAUUUGUAAAUUCUUCAACACCCUUGAAAACAUCUCCUCUGUGGUGUGCUGGUCGUGAUAUCGAUCAAGUAUAGACAAAACAAUUGCAUUGUAUAUUCACCUUAAUUUUGUGAAUUUUUUUGUAGGUAGAAAAUUAGUAGUUAUGUUAGUUUCUAGGGUUUAAAUGCCGAACCUUCUGGUUAAAAUUCCUUCCGUGUCUCUUAGUUCACCAACUGAGCUGAUUAUUUAGUGACUUUUUGAAUAGUCACCAAGUGCUCUUGGAUUCCAAGGUAAUUGAAGUGUAUUUUCUUAUCAA